UACUAACAACCUAAUUGCGUGUUAAUUGUAACCAAUUUAAUUUAUCUUACAAAAGCUGUGCUCCAUUGACUGCUCUCGAACACAACGCUGUUUUUCGAUCAGGACUGCCAGCUAGUGCCUUUGUUAAGCCUCAGAGAAGGAAUGCUGGCGAGGAAGCUGACCCAGCAGCUGGGGCACCCCACGCAGUCCCUGGUCGGCUGGCUGGUAAAGCAGUUCCUGGAGAGGCAUAACCGCGUCCUGGAGGAGAGAGCGGUGAGGCUGUGCGAGAUCCAGCCGGACAGCACGGUUCUGGAGGUGGGUUUCGGGCCGGGGCUGGGUCUGCAGGAGGCGGUACAGUACCUGACGGACCCCAGGGGGAAACUGCUGGGGCUCGACUACUCGGAGUACAUGCACAAGCUGGCCAGAGAGAGGCUGCGGGAUCACAUCGCCUCGGGGAAGGUGCAGCUCUUCCAGGGCAGGGUGGAGUCCAUCCCACUGCCUGCCUGCUCCGUGGACAAGGUGUACCACUGCAACUGCUACUACUACUGGCCUGACCUGCUAGCCGGGAGCGCAGAGCUGCACAGGGUGAUGAAACCAGGAGCCCUCAUGGUGACGACCCUCAAACUGGCCUCCCUCAGAAAGGCUGUGUCCCGCGGGGUCAUUCAGGACAAGAAGUGGCAGCCCGAGCCCUACAUGGAGGCCCUGAUCUCUGCUGGGUUCACUGACGUCCGAUUGGAGGAGAAGCAGCACAAGGGGCGGGACUUCCAGGCCAUCUUCGCCACUGCUGCAAAAUGAAGGCGGCGGGCUUGGUUGGCACAGGUGUGGGUGAUAGUGUUGGGCCGCCCGGAAAUGUCAUUGUUUUACAUUUCUUAAAGCAUUAAUAAACACCCCUUUAAUACAAACAUC